GGAGUUUUAUUCAUACCACUAUUGACAAUUUCCUGGACGCUCUUUUGUAUAAUGCACGUUAUUGGAAGCUAAAGGGAGAACAACAAUGCAGAACAUCAAGUGUGUCGUGGUUGGAGAUGGUGCCGUUGGGAAGACCUGCCUCCUGAUUUCCUUCACCACCAACGCUUUUCCUAAAGAAUACAUCCCCACUGUUUUUGACAACUACAGCGCACAGCUGGCUGUAGACUCUAAAGUCGUCAGUCUGAACCUGUGGGACACCGCGGGACAGGAGGAGUACGACCGUCUACGGACCCUCUCCUACCCACAGACCAACGUCUUCAUCAUCUGCUUCUGCAUCGCCAGCCCCUCGUCCUAUGAGAACGUCAAGCUAAAGUGGUACCCCGAGGUGUCAGAACACUGUCCUAAUGUUCCCAUCCUGCUGGUGGGGACUAAAAAGGAUCUGAGAGAUGAUCCAGAGGUGCUGAAGAAGCUCAAGGAGAAGAACCUGUCGGUGGUGUCUCAGCAGCAGGGGGUGGCACUGGCCCGACAAAUCCAGGCCAGCAAGUACAUGGAGUGUUCAGCGCUCAGCCAGGACGGGGUGAAGGAAGUGUUUACGGAAGCUGUUCACGCUUUCCUCAACCCCAAAUCACAAGCCCCCAAGAAAUCAUGUGUGCUACUAUAA